AUGGGGAAUGACCAUCAUACGUUACCUUUGUUUGAGCAGAUCCUUGAGAUGGACACGUAUAGGUACCAUGGUCACUCUAUGUCAGAACCAGGAAGCACUUACCGUACACGUGAUGAGAUCUCAGGCGUGAGGCAGGUGCGAGAUCCAAUCGAUAGAGUGAAAAAGUUUAUCAUAUCUCAUGACAUUGCUACUGAGAAAGAACUAAAGAAAGGUUUAAGGCCCAUUUAUUUUAAAAAACUUAUAGAAGGGCCCAAUUUUGUGUUUGAGACAAGCUCCAUAACAUCAAAAAGCUUCAGAAACCCAAAACACUUUCACGGCUUCUCCGACUUCAGAAACUCAACGGUCCCUUCUUUUUCACCUGCUACUGAUAUAUUCAACAAGUUCAAAGGAGAUGAUGGAGAUUUUAAGAAAUGUCUAACUGAUGAUGUAAGAGGAAUGCUAAGCUUCUACGAAGCGUCGCACUUUGGGAUAACGACAGAAGAUAUACUUGAAGAAGCAAUGAGUUUCACGCAAAAACACUUGGAGUUAUUUGUGGUAGGCGACAAAGCCAAACAUCAUCCACAUCUCACUAAGCUCAUACAAGCUGCUUUACAUAUACCUCAGAAUUUAAAUUUGGAAGUAUUGGUGGCAAGGGAGUAUAUUGGCUUCUACGAACUAGAAACUGAUCACCAUGAAAUGUUACUCAAGUUGGCCAAGCUCAACUUUAGGUUCAUGCAGCUGCAUUACAUUCAAGAUCUGAAAACUAUAACAGCAUGGUGGAGGGAGCUAGAUCUAGUAUCUAAGAUACCAAAUUACUUCAGAGAGAGAUUGGUGGAGCCUUAUUUCUGGGCGACUGGGAUUUAUUACGAGCCACGAUAUUCAGCUGCGCGGAUCAUGGUAGCCAAAGCCAUCAUUUUAUUUGAUAUCUUGGAUAACACAUUUGAUGUAUAUGGUACUCUUGACGAAGUUAAGAGCCUCGUUCAAUCCGUUGAAAGGUGGGAUUAUGACAAGUUAGAUGUACUACCGGACUAUCUCAAAAUUGUCUUCAGAACAAUGUUCGACUUCUUUAAAGAACUCGGCGAAAAUGUGAGUUCAGAAAGAAGAUCUUUUACUAUGCAAUACGCAUAUGAGCAGCUCAAGAUAGCCAUGAAAGGGUACCUGCAAGAAGCCGAAUGGUCAAAGACAGGGUAUGUACCAAGCUAUGAAGAGUACAUAGAGGUUGGGAUGUCUUCGACAGCAGGUGAAGUGAUGCUAGCAAUCACCUUCAUCGCUAUGGGAGAUAUUGCGGGAGACGAAAUUUAUGAAUGGCUGAGGGCAAGACCAAAACUCAACCAAGCUCUUUUUGUGAAAUCUCGUCUCAGAGAUGAUAUUUCUACCUUUAAGGAGGAGAUGAAGAGAGGAGAUGUUGCAAAUGGGAUCAACUGUUACACAAAGCAAUAUGGAGUAACUGAGGCAAAAGCGUGUCUUGAGUUUGAGAAAAUGACCAACCACAUGUCUAAGGUCAUGAACGAAGAGUUCUUGAAGGAAGCCAGUUUUGUACCACUUCAUGGUCUACGGCCUGUUUUGAACUAUGGACGCUUGGCAGAUGUGAUUUAUAAGUACGGAGAUGGGUACACCUUCGCUGGAGGGAAGAUCAAAGACUAUAUCACCUCUUUGUAUAUCGAUCUCAUCAUCACUCCUUAAAGGAGUCUUCACAGUUUCUAAUUACCUAAACGUUUAUUCAUUUUUAUGUUGCUCUUUGUUUUAUACAUAUUGAGAU